UAUCGAUUUUUUCCCUGUAAAACAGUGUAACAGCUUGGUUUUAAAGAUGGCUAUAUCUCCAUUAUAGAACAGCAUACGAAACGUUUUCUCUGUGAUUUUUUAGCAUUGAUACGUACGUCUACAACUCGACGAGGACGGGCCACGCCCUAGAAGAGCUCGAUUUGGACAUAUCGGGCGCGUUCGAUUCGCUACCGUGUGUUGUAGAUUCUAGUGACAUCUCUGUUGGAAGUCGUCCAGUGCUAUCCUGGGUAUUUCUGUGGUUAAGUAAGAUUGGCCGAAUCUCGUGUGGAAUGUCAUACCUAUACCAACGUUUGAUGAUAUUGAAAUUAAGUGUAUAACGGUCACGUGGGUAUUGGGAUUUUAAAUCAAUCGGAUUCGGUGAAUGAUAUAGGUAUAUUUAGUGUAGAUAGUGGCGUGCUAGGGCGUACUGUAAGCUACCAGCUUAUACCAUAUAAUGAACCUAUCGGAUUUUCUUAAUGACAAAAAAACGGAAUUAUAAAGAUUGUGUAUUGUUACGGAAGCAUAUAAACGUGUUGACCGAUCACGUGAUCAUGUGUCACAAGUAGAAUAUAUCUGGAAUACAGAAACUCUACAACAGCUGAAAAUUCAAGGUAGAGAAUCAAAGUGUUAAAGGAAAUCGGGAUUAUUUUGGAGCUAUAGGCCAGUGACCGAACUACAAGGAGGCUUGCUUUGUUUUUGUGCAUCAGUCAAAUUACAUCGUGCAUCACAAAGGAAGUUGCGCUUAAAUUGGUGAUUUUGAAAUAAUAUGGUUUCGCAUGGGAUUUGGAAUCAGCAAGCAGGUUACGAUCAACCAAAGGACCAAGGAUAGCCCCAGAAGCACCGUAAUCGUAUUCAGUAAGGAGGACGCGGAGGGUGUACUGCAGGGAGAAGCUACUGGGACCUACCUAUUAUACCGGGAUCAUGAUACCGACAGACUAUACCUGUCCUUGAGAUCGAGCGAUUAUGUUGAGCACCAUCGAGUAAAUUUCGAGGACAACCUGUAUUACAUGGAUAAUCAGCCAUAUCCCUACCUCGACUCAAUCGUCUUGUACCAUCAAAAACAUCGACUCAACGGCACCAAACUCACUCACCACGCGCAGCUAAGUGCUAGAACGGUGAAGAUGUUUACAAUGAAAGUUACAGCUCGAAACGGAAAUGUCGUCAGAGACGAUAGUGUGACGUCAGACGAUGACGAGGAGGAGGGUAAUGACGUCAGAAUACGCGGUAUAGAACACACAAAUGACAUGGUGCUUGGCAGGCAGCGAAUUAGCAAGUCCAGUGGUCGUCUGUGGAUGUCGGGAAUGCAAAAAUCCUUAAAGCGCAUGUCCGUCAGUGAAUCAUAUAACCUUCAAGAUGGCAGCUACUCAACACAUGAUCAUUCAAAUUCACUGAUUAAAGGAAACGGUCACGUGACUCAUUUAGCAGCAGACGAGUCGGAUGAGUCGGACGAUCUGGAUGAUGUGAGAAAAUAUAUUUUUGAAACGGAGGAAGGACUUGGAGAAGACAAUAGUGCAUCGAAUAACAAUAAAGUGUCCGGGCGAUAUUCCGGAUAUGUUGUAGACGAAGCAGACAUCGAAUUGUGCGAUGACCAAACGUCAUCACUUGGAGACGAAUCUAAUAUAAUAUAUUGUAGUCAUUUAUAAGAGGUAGAUCUCGAGAUUUUAACACAUGCAUCAAAAAGAAACGUUGACGUCAUUUGCCUCAGAAACACGUGCAUUUCCUAUAGAUAAUGCAUACCCUAGUACAAAUUAGAUCGGAUAAAGCAUUUCUAUAUUACACACAACAAAUAUCAGGCAUAAGCAAGUCUAUUUAUGAAGGACAAGGUAUUCUCGGAUUCAAAUUAGAAUAUUAUACUUAAUGAUGAAAAUGAUCCAUCUUUUUAUUUAUUUAUUAUAAACAUUAUUUUUCAUGACACUUCUUUAACAGGUGUUUUUCCCCAAAAUAAUUGACAUCUGACCCAUUUUAAAGGUAGAGAGACUACGUCCCAUGUAUAUGUUAAAACUUACAUAGUAAGUAAAAUUAUAUACACGUGGUUAUAUAUACACCACGUAUAUCAGUUCUAGGGGUUUAUUUUCAGUUCAUAAUAUUUUACUUUCUAUUUAGUCCGAAAGUUUGAACAUAAAGACAAAUGACCGAAAAAGACUUUUUACUUAUAUUGCCAGCCGUUCAAAAAACAUCAAUAUUUAUGUAGAUAUUUAGCUCUAAUCGACUUUAACGUUUUACAUCAUGUUGAUUUGUGAUCUGUCUGUGUUUUACGUUAGAGUUUUAUUUUUAUUUUGAUAAGCUAACAAGUACUUACCUUCAUUUAUAGCGCGGUGACAAUUUGUUUACUUUUGUUAUAAAAAAAACUUCAUCUAUAUGAUAGAAAAACUAGGUACAUUUCUCUGAAAUAUUACGUUAAUCUAAAUUAUAUUGUUAUUUUAUAUUUAAUGAUUGUAUAAUGUUAAAGUAUCUAAUCAAUUUAAAUAUCAAUGAAUAUGAGAUUGUAAAUUGUUUUGCCCGUUACGUCGUCGACAGACGUUUAUAGACAUAUUCUAGCCAAGUCAAUACCACAGAUAUAUAUCAUGUUUCGUUGUACUAAUCACUGAAGUUCAUCAUUUUCUCAUCGUUCGAAAUAUGAGAUUGUUGACAAAUUUUCUAUGCAAGUCUUGUCAUAUUCUGUAUCUAAGAGUUAUCGCCCCUAACUAUUUCCUUUUGUGAAGUUACAUUUUUGCGAUUAUGUUUUCAAAGCUUUAAAUUCGGAAUGAACUUAUAUGUAUGGCACAGUUAUCGUGGUACUAUAUACAUGUAAUACUGACUUUUAAUGAUGUGUCUAAAUCGAUACUAACCGAGAAAGAGUUGGUGACGUUGAUACUUUUUUGUAUCAUUUUUCAUGUUCUUUAGGAACUGAAUAAUCGUAAUAUCAUACAAGCAUGCUGUACGUAUAUUAAAUUAUGGCGUUUUCAUCAUUCAAUAUUUUAGAAUAUGUUCAAAGGAAUGACAUGGUUUGGCUGAUAGAAUUAUGACGUUAUAGUAGAAGUGACGUCAUAGAGAUCAUAUUUCCCUGCUAAAAUCUCUUACAUAUAUAUUCUUUAAACUAUUACAGAUACACGUAUAUCUAAGUAUUUAUAUCAUGUUAAAACAAGAACUAUGUCGUCUACGCACAAAGGACGAAAUCCAAAACACGUUUUCGCACGACAAAUCAUAUACAAUAUAUAUAUAUAGUAAUUGUUACUUAUGACGUAACAAUAACCCUGGCAUUUUCUCAUUAUUAUGACGUCACAAUAACCGUGGCGUUUUCUUGAGACGGACAAUCCAGUUCACAUGAACCUUAGUAUUUAUAACGAGAGAAUGCUGUUUUACUUUCGUUGAUUUUUUUUUCAAGUAUUUUUCACUCACAUUAUGGAAUAUCUUGUUUAAACAUUUAUGAUAUACUACUGUAUAUAAAAAUCAGCUGAUCAAUCUCCAUUUAUAAACGAGCGUAUUAACGGUAUAUAUAUAUAUGGGUAACGGAUACCAUAAACUUUAUAUUUACUACAUACUUGUAUCUAUAUAUAGUAAUACCGAGUACUUAUGUGUCAGACUUCCUGAUGUCGCCAAUAUAAGUCGAAUAAAUUAUAGAUAUCUAGCUAAACCACCACUUCUUGUUCUGGGUUUUAUACCGGGAACAGACAACAAUAAAAAAGAAAUCCUUGCAACUUAUGGCGCCGUGAAUUAUACCGUCACAACAUUUUUAUCAGACUCAAUAAAUGAUAUAAAAUAUAUCCUAAACUGGCAGGAUAGGAACAUAAAUGUAUAUUGUUUUACGGGAACAUUUGUUUACUCUAGAUAAGUAUAAACAAAGGGUUGUAUAUACGUUCAUAUACUUUUCGCAAAGAAGACAAUACUAUCUAUAAUCUAUCAUAAAUAUUAAGGUUAUAUAUAUAUAACAUAGUAAUACAAAUGACGACAAUUUCAUGACUCGUGUCCUGACUGGGCCUCGAACUCACGAUCUACGGCACUUAAUCGCCUAGCCAGAAAUACUUGAAUCUUAUUUCACAUCACUACAUGUAGUUUCACGUUCUUAAAAAAAGAACUCUUCAAUGGCGCAGUGAUGAUUGACAUAGUAAUAUAAAUGAUACUGAGACCUUUUUCAGUUACAAUUCAUUUAUUUUUCCAGAACUUAAAUCUUUAAACGAAAGGAUGAACUCCGGCCUUGACAUUGGGAGGGCUAAUAUUGAUACCUUGACAUUGAGAGGGCCAAUAUAGUGACCUUGACGUUGGGGCCGACCUUGACAGUGGAAUACCAAGCUGUCUUUGAGAGAAGAGGUGAACAUUUCUCAUUAAAUAAUAUCAUAGUAUAAAUGUGUAACGUAUGACGUCUGUGUAUUACAAUGAUGUAAACUAUAAAAACCUGUAUAAAUAUACUCAAGACACGUAAUAAAAGUAUUUUUUAAAUUAA